GGCGCUUUGGCACUGGAGAUUCCGGGUAUGGUAGAGGUGUCUACCUCCCGCAGCAUGUCUCUGACUCAGCUGACUUCCGAGUACGACGUGGUGGUCCUCGAUUUUUACACCACUUGGUGCAAAAAAUGUCCGGAGGCUGCUAAGGAGAUGCAACGCUUGGCUGAGAACUUCCCUGCUACAGAGGACACCAUCAAGAAGGCCGUUUUCGUCUUGGUGAACCUGGAGAACGAUCUUGAAGGCGCUGUGGAAUUUUGCGAGGAACAUGGGAUCAAAAGCACUUUCGAAAGCGACAAGAAUGUUAUGAUGCUUGAACAAUAUGAGGAAUCGUUUUUUAAUGACUACAGCAGCUCAUGACAACAGCUCUAGGUAUAGGUGUAGCUAAGGUCAUCGUACAUUGCUUUUCUAUCCGUAGAAGUUCUUUGGACGAGCAGUUUUUCCUCGUCUUAAUGCCUUCGUCCAAUCAUAUCUGUAGUUUGGAUGGUGCCAACCCCUGACUCUUCUAACAUUCCCAAGUCCGAGCUUCUCUCUGUGAUCAUUGACGAUGACCUGUUGCCUUCGGAGUAUGGAGUUCAGGGGAUUCCUCACAAGACUGUCAUCCGCAACGGCAAGAUUGUGGCGAACGGCGUCGACGUAGAUCUCGAGAAGGACAUUGUCGCGAGUAAGACCAUCCUCGAAGCAGAGGUCAAGGUUAUGAUCAUGAUAUUUUGGUAGGUAAUAACAACAAGCAACUGAUCGAUGUGUUUAAGGCUGUAGUUGUUACCUAAGACAACUCCUCCUAUCAACAGGUGAUAAGUAGAUGCCUCCUAGUACUCGUAGCUGGUUGUCGUUUGUAGUAGCUCGCUUGUGAGAAGAAACAAAUUAAUAAAUAAGGGGGCUCGGGCUCGCUCAAAUGAAUUAGUAACAAUUACAUCAAGGUGGAUCGCGAUCGACGUGCUGCUCCAGAACUCCUUCUAACAACACCACCACUGGAGAUGA